AUGGAAAGGACUUGGAGAGCUGAACAAGACAGACGUGAGAAAGACAUAGAGAGGAAGAUGGAGGAAUUGUUGGAAAAGUCCAACAGGUCCGCGAGAAAGGCCACAGGCCUGAGGUAUGACGACUUGUGCAUGCACCCAGAUUUGGACCUGCCAGAAGGGUUCAAAAUCCCAAAAUUUGAAAUGUUCAACGGGACAGGAAACCCCAAGGCACACCUCCGUUCAUACUGCGACCAGUUAGUCGGAGUAAAGAGGAAUGAACCCUUAAUCAUGCGACUAUUCAGUCGUAGCCUGACCGGUGAGGCAGCCGAAUGGUUCGCCACACAAGACAUGCGCCAAUGGCUCCGCUGGGAAGACCUGGCAGAAUCUUUCAUGGAAAGGUUUCGUUUCAAUAUCGAGACCGUACCAGACCGUUACUACCUCGAGAAGGUCAAGCAAAAGUCGACAGAAAACUAUAGAGAAUUCGCCAGCAGAUGGAGGGCCGAAGCGGCCCGUGUGCAGCCACCAAUGUGCGAGGGAGAACUCGUUUUCGUAUUCAUUAGGUCACAGGAGCCGGAUUUCUAUGAUAGGAUGUUGUCCAUGGCCGGGAGGUCGUUCUCCGAAUUAGUAAAAAUGGGAGAGGCCAUAGAAAAUGGUCUCAAAUCUGGAAAGAUCGUCAGUAUCUUCAACAAAGCGUCUGGGCAGGCCACUGCAGGAAUCUUCCGCAAAAAGAAAGAGGACGUGGCAAGUAUAUCCCACAUUUCAAACCAAAACCCAAAAGGACCACCAUCUUCUCACCAAGCUCCACCCCUUUUAAAUUACUCUGCCUCUCCGUACAACUCAAAAAAGUAUUGA